AACAGCUUGUAACUGAGGGAGAAAAGGGGGACUGGGAGAGACCAAAAAGAUGGUGAGAACACCAUGUUCUAACAAAAAUGGAAUGAAGAAAGGUUUAUGGAGCGGGGAAGAAGAUAACAAGUUGAAAGAUUAUAUCCUCAGAUAUGGCCAUUGGAACUGGCGUAAACUUCCCAAGUAUGCAGGUUUAUCUAGAUGUGGGAAAAGUUGCAGACUGCGAUGGAUGAAUUACCUCCAGCCGAACUUGAAAAAAGGAGACUAUAGCGAAGAAGAAGAGAAUAUUAUAAUAAAAUUACACCACGAACGGGGAAAUAAAUGGUCAGCAAUGGCUGCAAAAUUACCAGGAAGAACCGAUAAUGAUAUAAAAAAUCACUGGCACACUCAUCUGAAGAAACGUGCAAAGCAAAAUGGAAAAUUAGAAGUAACUAAUGAAAAUUUCCAAUCCAUUGGAACUUGCCAGUUUGAAGACAGCCGAAAGAGAGAUGAUCAAGAAUGGGCACUUGACAGUGUUGUUGCCAUUGAUCCAUCCCAGCAAACUUCAGAAACCUCCUUAUUGCAAGCGGAACCAUUUUUCGGUGAAUUCUCAUCAUCAAGAUCUGAUUAUGCGCUCAACAGUGCUAUGGAGCGGAUCAUGGAUGAUAGUUUCACUUCAUUAUCAGAAACUCAUCAUGCGGAUACAAUUGAAACUUUCUGGAAUCAACCAUUUUUGUUAGAAAAUGAGACCACUACAAAUGAUGUACAAGCACUCCACUCCGAGUUGCUCUCUCAAAAUUCUCUUAUUUCUUGUGGGGAACGUCUAUCUAUGUAUGAUUACUAUUAUUGACACAUAUAUAUAUUGAUGCCAAGAUCUGGCAAACAUAUAUAUUUUAAUGACAUAUAUGGAUUUUUGCUCAAUGCUAUUGCUGACAAAUUACCACAAU